AUGACGUCGAAUAGGUCACGAUCUGGAUCCCCAUGGAGCCCAUUAACCCCAGACACCCCCAAGGCAGGUGGAUGGGAGUCUCCUUGGGGUCGAGUUUCUACUCCCACUCCUCGGGGACCAGUGAGGAGCUCUAGUGUUGAUGCACCUGCUCAGGAUUCAUUGUCCACUCGAUGGGCAAGUUCUAGGUCACUCAGUGAUAGUGGACAAGGACUACCAAGGUCAGGAAGGUCAUCUCCCUGGCGAGAUUCUGAACUGUCACAUGUAGGGAAGUCUGGAAGCCCUGUAAGAAGUCCUGAAGGAACUGGGACUUUAUUUGAUAAUAAGUCCUUGCGAGGCAGUCGGGAGUCUGUGACUGAUAGCAAGAGUUUAAGAGGUAGUCGAGAGUCCUUAUUCAGGCCUCAAACCUCAACUCCUAGAAGUGAGUUUAUGAUCACCCACAGGGGCAGAUCUCCAUUUAGAGGACCAGGUAGUGGGGCAGCCUCUCCCUGGAUGGCUCGUGAUCGUGGCAUGCCACGGCCCGGGAUAGUCAGUAGUCAAAGAAGUCGGUUUGAGGGUCCAGUGAAGGGAAAAGUCGACUCGGAUAAAUCAGAUGUUGAGGCAAAUAAAGAAAAUCUUCAAAAAGAAAAGGAUGGUGUACCCAAAGCAGGACAAGAUCUGUCAUCAAAUGAACAGGUAGUUGGUUCUCCGUCCAAAGAUCAAGAAGAAGUCAGAAAAAGCUGGCCUGAUGCUUCCACUAGGGGCCAGGCUACGGUUGCGCCAUGGCGGGCUAACUCAAUCCUUGUCAGUCAGAAAGGUCAAGGUCGGCCAUCUUCAUGGAGAGGUCAAUCACCAUCUCACCAAACAGAUAAAAAAGAUCAAGAUCAUGUACCGGUUAUUAUAGAGAAGUCAAAUAGUCAAGGUCCAAGUCGAUCGUCGUCGCCAUGGAGAGGCAACUCUCCAUCAGGAAGUGUCAUUCAGACAGAUAAAAAAGUAAGGAGUGGUAGUGAACCUUCUUCACAAACUGGUCAGUUGGAUGAGAAAGGUCAGAGUGCUUUAAGACCUUCAUCACUCUUAUUAGAUCAAUAUUCAUCACGAGGAAGUAGAACUUCAUCACCAAUGAGGGGACAUUCACCAUCAAGUUCAGGACCAGAAGGUCGUGCAUCUUCACCAUGGAGAGGUCAGUCUCCUUCACGGGGAAAUAUAAAAAGUGAACUAAGAAAACAUGGCCAUAGUAGGCCAUCAUCACCAAUGAGAGGUCCUUCACCUUCUAGUCAAGAUAGUCACAAAGGUCAUGAGGGUAGUCAAGGUCGUCCGUCAUCCCCUUGGAGAGGACACUCUCCUACUGGAAUCAUGUUCCAGUUAGAGAUACAAAGAAGAAAAUCGGUUUCCCCAUUCAGAUCGCAUGAAAAUGGACCUGUGAAAGCUGAUGCUCAAUUGAUAGGUCAUGAGGUCAAAGGUCAAAAGAGGUCAGGAUCACCAGGUUUCACUAAGUUGCAUGAUACUGGGAAUAAAAAAAGAAUGGCAUCACCUUAUACACAACGGACUGAACAUGAUUCUCCCCAUAACAAUGUUUCACCUACAGAAAUGACAGAUUCCCCUUUGAAGGGUCAACAGGGUAUGUCACCAAACAUUAAAAUGGGUGUGGACACUGCUGGACAGCAGAGCUCUAUUCCUAUGGAUGUAGAGACCCCCAUUUCUGGAUCCCGUCACUCUAACUCCAAAUCUAAAAUACCACAGUCAUCAAGUAGUAACGGACAGCGUGUGGUUAAACAUAGUAACGGACAGCGUGUGGUUAAACAGUAUAGUCCUAGAUCUAGAAGUGGGAGUCCUAGAACUGUAAUAGCUAGUAGUAAGGAUGUUUCACGUUCUGGACAGGACAUGAGUGGUCGUUACACCCCGAGAUCAAGAAGUGGUCAAAAAAGUCCGAGAUCUGUAAUUACUGGUGACAAGGAUAAAGCUGGACAAAAUAAUGAUGGAUAUACUUCUAGAUCUCGAACUGGUCGAGAAAGUCCGAGAUCUGUAAUUGCCAGUGGCAAGGAUGUGAAUAGGACCAGACAAGGUCGUAGUGGUGAAGAAAGUACCCCUAGACCUGGUAUAGGUGGAAGUUAUCUAGAAUCUCGGAUACCUAGAUCGAUGUCUUCUGGUGCUAUUGAUCAACCAGAUUCUGUUGAGAGCACACUCAUUGGACAAGAAACAUCACCAGAGCUUAAAUCACCAUGCAAGGAUGAUUCCAGAUCACAGCUGGAAUCACCUGUAGGGGGACACAACUCUGUUAUACAAGAACCUGUUAUCAUGGGAAGGGAGACCCCCAGGUCGGCCCAUCCCUCGGGGCUGGCCCGUCAACUGUCUGCUGGAAGUAGGAGUCGAUCUAGCUGGUCAGGGAUACCUCAGUUCGCUUGGGGAUCUCCAAAGUUGGAACCAAAUGUCAGCAUUCUGAGAACAUCAUCAUUUCUACAAAGAGCUCGUGAAUUACAAGAGCUUGAGAGAAACAGGCAAGGAACACAGGAUGAUACAAUCUUACCAAAAGACACGAAUAACAGUGCUUCAGUGAAAUCUCGUCAACGUCGAAUAGAAAGCUUUCAUGGGACACGUAGACUGAAGAAUAAUUCAUCUAGUUCAAGUACGUCCUCAAAUUCUGUCCAUUCGUCACCACAUGACAACAACAAACAACAAAGUGCCCAACAACAAAGUCCUCAACAACCACAAAGUCCACAUUAUUCUAUUCCCCAUCAACAGAGUCCUGUCUCUAACCAAAAUCUCCCAGGCAAUCAACAGGGACAAUCUUUAAGUAAUGUCAAUCAAAAUGUCAAGGGAGAUAACUCUGAACAGGACAUGGAAUCAGCAACAGCAGCAAAAUUAAAGGGAUGGGCGACGGUGGAAGACCUGACUCAGAAACAUCAGCGCCAACUCUUAUUACAACAACAACAGCUUCAAGGUCAACAGGUCACAACCUCUGUCGCCCCUAGCAACAAUGUGAACCAAGUUUUUCAAGGUCACAAUCAGUAUCCUUCUGGACAUCUGUCUCCUGCCAUGUCCUCACCCAGUAUAAACACAGGCGACCAUUGGAAGGGUGGCUACGGACAUGGAACUCCAUCUAGCAACAGUCACGUGGUGCCUUCCUCUUCCCCAGCCAUGACAAAACAGGGUGUGGACCUAAAUGAGGGUUAUGCAACCACGAGCACACCACGUAGUCCUACAAAUUCCACAAACUAUAUGCCAAAAUUCCCUAAUCGCCCAACAAAUUUAACCUAUACCAAAUCGAGUAGUGGUUAUGGCGAUCACUUGAAUAAGGGAAGCUACUCAUACAAUUCAAGACCUUCUCCACAUCAGCCUCAACAUGGAUCAAGUAUGUACAUAAACGAUGACAUUUCUGUGAUUAAAACACCUGUGUCAUCAUCAAAGAAGUAUGAGCGACGAUCACUUCCACCACAGCUGAAUGAUUAUCAGAAUCUGAAGGAUUUACGGACUAAUUCGCAUUCUUACGGAAUGUUACCCCACAAGGAGGAAGAGGAGGGCAAUAAUCCACUGUCGAAACAACCUGAUGGUCACUCACCAUCCUCUCCUCCACCUCCUCCUCGAAGAGAUAUGUCCAGUCUAAAAUAUGUACAAGCUUCCUCAAAAAAUCAUGAAAAGUACCCUUCGUGGCCUGUGACACAUCCAAAUAUGGAUAUGGAAGCAGGGGAGGCAAUCACAUCACAGGUCGGAGCCUGGCCAGUGAGAGACAAACCCCAUGGAGGUGACAGUUCUACAGCAGACGGUCAAUCUUAUCAACCACAAUUAAAGCCUGUUAACGAGGGAGCAAAUGAUUCGGACAGGAAAAAUGGUGAGGAUAACAAAAGGAAUCAGAGUGACCCAGGAUUUAAUAAACCGAACAGUUUUAAAGGACUUAGUGUCAAGCGUCCCACCCCACAGGAAAUUCAGCAAAGCUGGAAUCAAAACCAAAAAAUAAAUACUAAACAAAAUAAUAAAUCUGUAGACAAUUUCUUCCUUAAUAACUCACCUGGAUAUCCAAAGCCUUUGUUAGAUCAGGAUGGAAACAGAAUUGGCGAUGCUAAAUAUAGCAUACCUUCACCACCAGAACGGGACAAUCCUGCUCCCGAUACAAAAUUAUUACAGGAAAAACUAGCAACAAUGAUGGCACCUCAUUCUGAAAGUUCAGGUUUGCAUCCACGUAGUGGGAAAUAUUUGAACUUUGACCCUUCAAGGGUAACUGAUUCUGUGCAUGAAAGUAAGGAUACCAAAAGUAAAGGAUUCCGUCCUUCCUCUACUGGCCAUACCACUUCCCAAUCACAAAGUGCUAGUUCUGUGUCAAGAGUUGAUUCUAGUACCAGUCCAUUACAAAGUCCAAUGGAAUCAAAUUAUCCUUCAUUUAGCUCUCCUUCUGUGAGCGAGAGCAAGGAUAGGCCAUCAGAAAAUCUCCAGCAAGUGUCAAGUCCUCGUGGUGUCAUUGUGAAGCAUAUGCUUUACUAUAACACAGGAACACAAACUGAUACAAACUCUCAAGGGAGUCGGACUAAUGUUCAUGUGACUUCUAAAAUCCAGGACAAAGAUACGGUUCUGCAGGAGAAAUCAAUCCAGGCUCAUUUAUCUGAUAAAGACACAAGAAAUGAAACUAAUAGGAGUGCAGCUUCUAAUUUUGGAACAAAAUAUAUGCAAGGUUUAAAAGAGGAUACAAAGAAAGGUCGCAAUUCCAGUGAAAGUAAAGACAAUUUUUCUGAAGAGGAUUCACAAAAUUAUGCUCCGAUGAUUCGCAAACUUUCACAAGAAUACAUGAGUGGACGAAUGCAAGGUGGUGAUAAGCGUUUAUCUGGUGAUUCUGGUGUAUUCACAGUAAGCGCCACGAGUCCGGGAUCUGAUAUACCCCCUCACUCGUUUGGCCAAUUUCUCGGAAUGCGUGAAGCAGAAUCUUACAACAGUAUUGUGAUACAUCCAAAUGAAACGUCACAUCCAUUUGGAAAAGACUAUCAAGAUUCAGAGCAUGAAGGUCAAGGUCGGAUAGACUCGAGUAAGAUGGAGUUAGAUAGACGAUUGUUCAAUCCUUCAGACUCCAGAGUCGGUGGACACAAGGGAAGGUAUAGUAUGGAUUCAUCUUUUUCUCAAAAGAUUCUGCCAAACAAAAAAAGUCUACAGGAUACACGAUAUAGUUCUGAUGCCAAUUUGCAGUCGACUUAUGCAAAUCAGAGGAUGCACAGUAUGAGCAUGUCAUCUUUAGCUCCAAAACACAGUAAAGCGGACUCCGUCUCUGAGGGGCAGUAUUUACGUCCCACGCACAGAAGUUCAAACUCCUCCUCAUCGUCCUCAAGACAUGGAUCAGAAACGAGGUCAUCUGCCAGUUCGUAUCAUGGAUCAUUAAAUUCACCUGGCGUACAAAUGUUGCAAGGUCAAGGUCAACAUCGUACAAGUCAACAGGACUCUGAUUCAGUGUUUCUUGAUCCAGAUGUUACAACAUCUCCAAACUUUAAACAAUCGGAUGUCAGUUCACCAAAUAUGUCACAAAUGUCAGAUAGCGGAAGUGCUCCAUCUCGACGUAGUAUAGGGCGAAAUACUUCCAUGAAACUUGCAUAUGGGACUUAUGAUGAGGCUUCUCGAAAGUUUGAGGAGCCUGGACAAAAGUCAUCUGGGAGACAGAUAGUACAUGGCAAGUCUAGAUCAUAUUCUGGUGACUAUAUGCAGAUGAAUAAUAACCAAAAUCGACCUUCACUUGGUCAAAUCCGUGAGGAUUCUUCGGAAGGACGCUGGGCUGAUGUUGUCAGCAAGUCCAGAUCACUUCACCUAAAUACAACAAGUUCAGUUUCAGAGGAAUCAAAUUAUGCAAAUAUUGAUCCAUUGAAAAUGGAGAAAAACUUAAAUCCUGAAUUGAUCGAAAGAUCAAACUUAAAAAGGACUACAUCAGAACAAAUCCGUCCUCUGUCUGGUCAUGGCUUUGAUGAAAUUAGACCACCACUUCCGAACAGAGAUUCACAUCCUGGGUACCACAGUGCUAUGAAACAUUCCAAAUCAGACACAUGGCAAAAACCAGUGCAAUCUCCAACACAGUCUCAAAGUGACCUUAAUAGCCAAAACUUUCAAUCACCAUCAACUUCACAAAUGGAUUUAAAUCCUGAAUCUGACACGGAAGUGAAAAAGAUUGUGGAUUCUCAUACAAGCAGUGCUAUUUCUUCUUCAGUGUCACAGUCCCAAAUAGACAUGAACAGAAGAAGUGACAGUUAUAUAAAUGAGAAACAAAAACAGCGUAAUGCUGUUCAGGAUUUCAUGGAAAGGAAAACUGGAAAGAGGCUAUCAGAUAGUGAUGACACACCAGCAACAACACCUGAAGAGCCAAAAAUAGCUCAUUCUUCUUCACAGGACAGAUCUUCUCCAAAACUUACCCCAACCCAGUCUUUCAGAGAAAAAUAUGCAAGACGACAGGAAAGUUUACGAAGGUCCAGGUCUAUUACGUCUCGAGAUUCAUCAGAUUAUGUGCAUAUGAGUCGUCCUUCACAACCUCAUCCACAAACGGAAUGGAGUAAGAUUCGGUCUCAGGCACAAGAUGGAUCCAAACGACCCCACUCCAUUAGCUCUGAUAUCAGUUUGGUGGAUCCAUACGCGGUGACACCCAUAACAGAGGCUUCUAAACAACAGGAUAUAGACAUGGAGGCCCACAAACGAAGCAAAUCUGAUUCCACAGAUGUGGGCACGACACAAGAUCUGUCUCAGCAAAGAGGGGAAGACAGUACAAAUGCUCCAACUUCAAGGAGGUACAUGUACAGACAGACUCGCUGCCCUCCCCCUUCUCAUUAUCGCACUGGAGGGUCUUUGUCCGGAAGCAGUCUGGAUUAUGCAAAUGUUGGAUACAGACGUCCUCCACCCCCACCCCCAGUGGAGGAUGACAAACCCCCAGCCCUACCCCCGAGAAACUACCGCCAUGCCUCUACGGGUCAGCUGGAGAACACUAGUCAUGCAUCACGUACCAGUGGUUAUUUGGAGCCUGUGCAGCGCGGUGCUCCUGAAAUACAGACACGUAAACCAAGGGAGAGUUCUCCGGAUAGCUAUGCACAGCAACUACGGAUACAGUACCGGAGGUUUUCUGAACAACAGAACUUAAAACCAACAACAAUGAGUGUAGUUUCCUCACGGCCUGUGACCCACUGUUCACAGUCACAGAAACGGUCCUCCUUGGAGCCACAGGAAGCCACUUCCCCGACAACAGGGUCAUCACUAACAUCUUCAGUUGGUAGCAUCCCACCUCACCAAAUGACUUACGCUUCCACCACCAAUCAUAUACUUACAUCGCAGGCUUCAUCACCCAAUCAAACGAUGACAAGUAGUCAUGCCAGUCCUUUACAACAGUCAUCACCGAGGUCAUCUGUGUCACACAUUUCAACACCUGUGUCCUUGGCCCUGCAUGUGACCCCUCCAAAAGACAAUUCAAAUGUCCCCAAAAAUGCUAGUCAAAAUUAUUCUCCACCAAUGCAACUGUGUAGUCCAGAAUUGCCACCUCCUCCAACACCCGUCAAAAAUCCAGAGGAAUUGGCAGCCAUUCAUGACCUUGACCUUCCAGCACCACCACCAGAGGUCAUGUCACCUUCAGGAGAAUCAUCACUGGAAGGAGAUGACAGAUGUGCAGACGAUUCGUAUGGUUCCCACAAAACGAGGUCUGCACGACAGGUGGGUGUGUACAGUCGUUCUAAAUCAACGACGCUCCUCACCGAGAACAACAACUAUAAGCAACAGAUCCAGAAGCCGCCUCGGAGACAUCUCAACAAUCAGGGCUGGAAGAGCGAAAAUGCAAUCAACAUCCCUCCUCUUGACCUUGAUAACAACGUAACUGAAUCCGAAUUUGUCACUGCAGAAAGCGCUGUAACUCCAACUAUUAACUCAAGACCUCUUGGUAAUUCCCAGAGUUCUAGUACAAUCAUGGCACCACGCACGUUUAUGACAUCAGAUCAUUCCCGUCAGCCAGCUGUGUCUUCUGAAAAAGAAGAUACAGAAAGUCCAUCGGUCAAAGACCGUAUUUUCCGUUUUGAAAAGACACCAUCCAAUAAUUCUGGUGAAAAUAAGGCUCGUAGAUCAGCUUCUAGUGUAAACAAUUUGAAAAAGUCUUUCGAAGAUCGGACUAAACCAUCAGAACUUGGCACAGAUUCUCCUAGGCAAGGUAACCAGUAUAGUUCAAAAUACAGGAGCCGAUAUGAUGGUAAACAGGAAGUGACAAACCAGGCCUCUAGGUCCUCUAGAGAACAUCACAGCUCCGGUAGUGAUAAGUCCGAUUAUUCAGUGCCGUUUUCUGUGGAAAAGAAACGUAUGAACUGUCUUGGACAAUAUGGUUUGCAGGGUAAUGGCUACUCUCAUCAGAGUGACCAGCCACAUCGGAAGGGAAGUGCUGAAAGGGGAGACGACUCUGUUGGUGCUCUGCAAAGGAACAGUGAUAGUAGUGAAAAUGUGCAUAGACAGGAUGUUAGUUCUUACAAUCAAAUUACACCUGAUCGGGUCAGUUAUAAUAGGCCAGAACGACCUGACAUUUCUCCUAACUCCAGACUCGAGUCUUCACCUCAUCUGUCAGAUAGGUAUAAUAAUGAGUCUACACCUCCUAAAGUUCCUGAAAGGAUUCCAAUAUCACACAGACCUGUUCCACAACCCGAGGCCCCAUCACCCAUCAAUAGAGAAACGCAGUCUUAUGGUCAUCACAAAAGCAGUUCUUCAUCUUCGGAUUUAAGUGAAGGUCAUAAUACACCUCUCUCUGUCAACCAUGGCCGGCAGCCAUCACAGGAAGAACUUGAGUGUAAUGAAAAAGUGCAGGAAUUCGCACGGCAACUGAAAGACAAAGACAAAAAGUUGUCAGAGAUGUUGAAUCAGGAUGAUUUAGGACGAAUGAAAUUCAUGUCAGGAAUUGUUCCACCUGCAGAAACACCUCGGAAACACAGUUCAGGACAUUCUCCACAAACAUCAAAACUCUCCACUGGGUCCAAUGAAGAUUCUAAAGUUUCUACUCCCAAUGGUAUCCAAGACAACACUACUGAUGAAAAUUCCUAUGGAAGACCAAAGGAAAAGGGAUCCCCGCCUUCCACCUAUUGGGUGUCCCCUUCCAAGGCUCAGAUCGAAAUUGACAUCCGUAACAGUGAAGAACUGGGAAAGAAGAUGACGGAGGACAUCGUAGAUCCAGAAAGUCUCCUUAGAACAAAGGAGGAGCUGGUGUCAAGUAUAGUGAAAAAGAUGGAUAAACUCAAGGAUGAAAAAUCAGAUCUACAAAUUGAAAUUAAAGAAGUGGAUUCUGUGGGGAAAAUGGUAUCUGAGACGGUGGAACAGAAAUGUAAGAGUCAGAAGGAGAAGGAUAAGUUCCAGUCAUUCUUACGAGAGAUGGACCACAUCAUCCGCCUCCUCCUGAAAGUGUCUGGUCUCCUCGCACGUGCUGAAAAUGCAUUGCAGAGUCUACCUGAGGACUGUGAUGUCCAUCAAAAGGACAUAGCAACCCAGAAGCGAGAUAGAUACAAGGCGCAGCACGAAGAGGCACAGAAACUUAAACAGGAUAUCGACCAACGGAGUACGCAGAUUUUUGGAAUACUGCGUGAAUCGCUCAGCGAUCAGGAGCUGGAAGAUUAUCAAUACUACAUCAAAAUGAAAUCAAGACUGACUGUUGAGCACCAGAACCUCGAGGACAAGAUCACACUGGGACAGGAACAAAUUCAGGCAUUGCGCCGGAGUAUUCCUGACAAACGACACUGAAUGGUGGGUUAUUGAGAGAAUCUGUCACAAACAGUGCCAUGUCUGCUGUUUACUGGGAGCAUCCUUGACCAAUGACAAAGUGUGCGGUAUUACUUCCAAGCACUUGUUACCUUGGUAUUAUGCGACGGAGAAUCCCAGACUAAAGACUCAACGUGGGAGUGUGACAUAAUUAAUAUACCGAAGCAUCCCUGACAAAGAACAUGGAGUCAACGCAAGGAUAUUGUGAUAACAAAUGUGUUCAGAUAAAUUUUAUUUUUCUUUCGGAUUCAUGGAAUUGUGCUUGUCAACACAUUUGUGUAAGCAUGAGGUGAGUUUGAGAUUGUGCUGCCAAAAUGAUAUUGUACACGAGUGAUAUUGUCACGUAUGAGAGGAAAGAUAUUGAGGAAUGUUUUUAUUUUUUCGUCAUUCCUCAUUGCUUGCAUAUUCCAUGUUUUAUUCAGUUUAUCAAUAUACCAGAAUGCAUCUUCUGUACUCGGACAGAAAGUUGUAAAACAUUUCUGUUACCAUGGUAACAAGUUUAGAAGUUUGCUUCAUCUUCCAUUUGCAAUACAAUAUAUCAGUCAUCAAAAAUCAAAUUUUUGUCAUCUUAUUUCAUUUUAAUAGUUUGCAUUUUUCCCUUUUUUGUUUUUGUUUUUUUUGUUUUGUUUUUACAGUUUAACUUAUUAAAGACAAAUUUUAAAAUGGAAGACUGGAUCUCGCACUGACAGGAGAAACAAAAAUUAAGCUUCAUAUUUAUUUAUUUUGUAAAUUCUGUUCCAACCCCUAAUUAUGGCAGAUUUGAUUCUGUGAACAGCUUAUAAUGUAGACGUUAGUGUUGUUUCAUUUUUAAUGGUGUCUCAACACUUUUUAUCUGCAGUACCUGUUGAAGUAUUAAUUUUGAUUUUUUUGUUAUACAGGCUAAAACUGCCUGAAAUCCUUGCUAUUAUUGUUGAUGUUGUUAUAAGCAGUGUGUAAAUGAACCCCUCCACGACUAGAGAUGAUCAAACUUAUGUGUCUGGAUGUGUGUGUAUCAGAAAACUUGUUGAAAUAGUUAUAUUCAUAUUCCAGACAUGUUGUCUUAUAGUUAUAAAUAUGGUCUAAGGGAGAUAACUCUUUCCUAAGCUUGUAGACAUUGUACAUUAUUUCACUCCCAUAGUGUCUUUUGUGUAAAAUGUGAAUAUAACAAAAAUAACGGUGCAAAAGUCAUAAAAAAUUUCAUUUUAGUUGAUCAGUUUAUCCAUACGUAGGUUUUACUGUCUUAUUUUAUGAUAAUUUAUUUGCAGUUAUGCAAUUUGUUUGUGUAUUAUUUUUCGUAUGUAUUAAUAUCAGAAUGUAUUAUUUGUUUACUGUUGAGGAGGAAAAUAUUUAAUUUAAUCAAGCUGUAUAUUUGUGUCAGGAUCAGAAUGCUUGAUCUUGGAAAAGAGAAAAUUAAGCUGAAAAGUAAUAUGUUUAAUAUCAGAAAAAUGAUAAUAAACAUAAAUUUAUAUAUAUAUGUUCUUCAUCUUUCUAUAAUGCAAGUUAUUCACAAUGUUUACUGCCAAAUACUGGGGAUAGUAUGGUGUCUACCCUUUAGUUUUUAAAUGAACUGGCUUAUUCAGUCAGAUCAGAUGAAUACACAUUGCUCCAUCAAUAAAGAUGGCUACAAAUUAUUUUCUUGAAAAUAAUAACCAGAACUCAAUCAUUUUAAGAUUGUGAUAUGUUUCUUUGGAUCCUCAGCAUUAAUUAAUUAAAUUAGCCUAUACAUUUGUGCUUAUGAGCUAUACACAAAAAACCAUAAAUCAUCCGUGUGCUUUCCUCCUGUACCUUUGAUGAAAUAAACAUUUGUUAAGCAAAAAAUUCCAGAUUAAGAAAAAGGCAAAAAAAAAAAAAAAAACCCAACAAUUUUUCAAAUUUGUUGAAUAGUUUCAUCUAUCAGACUUAUUAAAAAAUAAGUUUUUCUAUUGUUGAAUUAUUUUAGGAAUGUAAUUGUUAUAUUUUUAAAUUGUUGUCACACAUAAUUAUCAUUUGCUUUUUACCUGGUAAUGUUAACAUUUUAAAAAAAAGACUAAUUCAGUAUGGAAUAUAUUGUUGACCUGAUGCAAAAUUGAUAAAUUCCAAGUUUGCACAAUUGUAAUAAAGUUACUCUAACUUGAAUGAAAUGUCAUGUGGCAUGUCAGAAUUUAGAAACUAAAUUUUUCAGCUUUGGGAAGUAAAAAUAUUUGAAAGUAUGAAAAUAUGAAUUCAUUUAAAAAAAAAGGAAUUAUCGGUCAUUGUCAGAUUUUAACAAAGUAUCAUCAACCAAGGAAAUCAAUUAUAAAAGAUAUUUUAGUUAUGAACCAUGCAUCUCUCCAGUCCAAAAAUUAUUCAAGUAUUCUACAAUAUUUGUAACGUUGAUUGUACAGAUAGAAGGCAUUCCACCCACCCUACAACUUUUCCAAAGGAAAAUUAAUCAUACCACACAUUAUUCUUUGUUUGUGUUUCGAAGGUCAUGUGACCAGUUUGAACCAUGUGAUCUGUGUUUAGUCACAUGACCCUGUAUGACAGUCAUGUGACAUGUAGUUUAUAGGAAUCCAUGUAACAAAUACAUUACAAAUGUGGAUUUUACAUCAGUAAUAUUAUAAAUAUAUACACAUUAUGAAAAACUUCCAAGGGAAGAUCAUUAAAAAGGUGUGUGAACUAGAGAA